CUUUCUCGCUUACUCAACCCUCUUCAUCAAUUCAGUACGCACUUGCGUGACUGAAAUGGGGAAACACUAGGUGAGCAAAUGCUCGUGAACUAUCACCUUAAUCAACAUACUUAUCACUUUCAUUAUCUCCAGCAUCAUCAUCAUCGAUUACCAUCCCUGUUACUAUCCCAUCUCAACCAGCACUUUGUAUACCACCGCCGCCGCCACCACUAUCAUCAUCACCAUCAUCCCUUAUUGUCUUUGCCAUGGUCACAGCUGACGUUAAUAUUGUCACCAUUUGUAUAACACCAUCAAUGUCGUCUGCGCCAGACCAUCGUUAUGAUAUGUGAAGUACAAAGAUCAAAUCUGUGUUCUAUUGAUACUGACUAAUCCGAUUGUGUUAAUCCAUUUUUUUAAAACUCUAACAACACCAACAAUAGUAACAACAAUCCUAAUACCGACAUUAGCAGCAGCCUCACAACAACAUUCAUAACAGAUGCUAACCACCAAGAGAGAAAUUCUUCUGCUGUCGGCUGCGUGUAUCAGAAAUAAUAACAACUUGCUUGACACAAACACAAGUGGUCAACAACAAUAAAGGGAAGAGCAUCACCACGACGGCGGCGGCGACGACGAGAAAAAAACUGAGGACGAUAAUAAGAACUUCAUCAACAAACAGGAAAAAUGAUGGAGACUGGAGACUCACAACAGGAUCUUAAAGCGGGCCCCACCAACGUUACCUUGUUACCAAUCGAUGGAAUGAGUCACAGCAGUGGACACAAAAUUCAAGCCACACUGACCAGUCCAAGGUGUCGCAAAUUCUUAGUGGUCUCCAUAAAACGUCUGUGUAUCAUUUUACUCGCUGUGGCCGCUGUCGUUGGCUGGUAUUUUGGAACCAAAUCGAAACAGGGCAACUACGGUUUAUUUGCCCAUCCAAAGCCAGUUGGAGGAUUAAUACACCUUAGGGAGAGUGAUGAAUCAAUAGAAAACUACAUGACUCAACUAGAUGAAUUCCUGGAAGCUUACAAGGAGGAGAAACAAGCAACUGACAAGUUUAUAAAAUGCCAUGGUUUAAUGACAUGCAGUCCAUUUGUGGAUAAAGUGUGCCGAUUUCCCCUUAAAAGGGCUGGGAAACUAUGUGUCAAGGAAAAUACUUUUGGAUACAACCCAAGUGAAAACCAAUCCCCAUGUCUAGUACUUACUUUACGCUUGCCUCAAGAACUGAGACCAAUUCCAUUUUCUGAAAAUGACACAAAUUUUCCAGUGAAUUUAGAGGAAAUGCUAGAUAUUGAACCAUGGACAUUACCAGUAACAUGUCAGGGAAAUACCCAAGUGGAUCAAGACAAUAUGGGUGAAGUGAUUUAUAAACCUAUGGCUGGUUUCCCUCUUUAUUACUUUCCAUACCAUGGACAGGAAAAUUACUUGUCCCCUCUGGUUUUCAUCAUGUUCAAAGGAAUCAAAAGAUCAAUGGCUGUGACAGUUACAUGUUCGGUGUGGGCUUCCAACUUCAGAGAAGGAUCCUAUCAAACUACUUUUAGCUUACUUUUGGACUGAAAAAAAAAAAUCAUUAAUUAAAAAAAAAUUACUCUCAUAAACAAGAUUAUCAAGGAUCUAUCAACUUUGCACCUGGUUUGCUAUUCUAACAAUAGCAUUGCAAGUGUUCAAAACGCAUCCAUUCCAACUGUUUCUAAUUUAGUACCAUGUAGUGUAAGCUUCUGUGACAACAAAAGAUGUCAGAAAAGAGAGCAAAAACAGGUAAAUUCUGGCCCAUUUAACUCCUAUUGAGACACACAGUGCCUCAACCUGACUAGUAACAAGUCUAUUUAUCAACUGGUAUACCUGCAACGUACUACUGGCAUCUUGUUAUACUUUAACCAUAAAACCCUAUCCAAGUAUACCAUUAUCUCAUUGUUUCUCAUUCCACUCCUUUUUGGGUGCCAAUAGCUUUCUUAUAACUGGAACUUUGCAAUACAUAUGUUUGUUUUUGAUUUUCUCAUUCUUUUUGUUUCAUUCUGACUUAAUACACACAUUUCCAAAAAUUACAUAUAUUAA